GGAUUGAUGAAUAUGCAUCUAAUUAGCAUGCAUCGAGGACUAACUCUCUGGGUUAUGUAAGGUGCGUCGUGUGUUUUAUGUGCAACGUCUCAUUUGAGGCUGUGUGUACUCAGUACUUACAUAAUAAUCGUAAAAAAAUUCGAGAAGUUGAGUACUUGACCAACCCAGAAAUGGCCAAGCCAGACCUCUAGGCUCUGCAGCUCCUAACUGCUCUUAAGAAAUCUUCCAAAAUCUCUAACCAGGCGGUGCACCUCUUAAUUCUCCGCGGAGCGGAGUUCACAAGUUCACAGGCUAGUUCACAAGGUAGCCCCCUCCCUGACGCAUGUGCGCAGGCGCGGGGCGGCCAGCCGGAGCCGGGCAACGUGGGCACCGCUCUAGCCCGCACGGCGUGGUCGCCAGCAUCUCGCUAGUGAUGACGCCCGUCCGGGGCGGUGAAGAGGGAAGAUGGCGGCGCCCAUGGAGGUGGCCGUGUGUACGGACUCAGCGGCCCAGCUGUGGAGCUGCGUCGUGUGGGAGCUGCACUCGGGCGCCAACCUGCUCACGUACCGCGGCGGCCAGGCCGGGCCUCGCGGACUGGCUCUGCUCAAUGGCGAGUAUCUGCUGGCGGCGCAGCUGGGCAAGAACUACAUCAGCGCCUGGGAGCUGCAGAGAAAGGACCAGCUUCAGCAGAAGAUCAUGUGCCCUGGGCCUGUGACCUGUCUCACCACAUCGCCCAAUGGCCUGUACGUGCUGGCAGGGAUCGCAGAGAGCAUAUACCUGUGGGAGGUCUCCACAGGGAAUCUCCUGGUCAUCCUGAGCCGCCACUACCAGGAUGUGUCAUGCCUUCAGUUCACAGGGGAUAGCAGCCACUUCCUCUCAGGGGGCAAGGACUGCCUGGUGCUGGCCUGGAGCCUCUGCAGCGUGCUGCAGGCAGACCCCUCCAGGACCCCCGCCCCCCGGCACGUCUGGUCUCGCCACACCCUCCCCAUCACAGACCUGCACUGCGGCUUUGGGGGGCCCCUUGCCCGGGUGGCCACUGCCUCACUGGACCAGACAGUGAAGCUGUGGGAGGUCUCCUCGGGCGAGCUGCUCCUGUCUGUGCUCUUCGACGUGGGCAUCAUGGCUGUGACCAUGGACCUGGCUGAGCAUCACAUGUUCUGCGGUGGCAGCGACGGCUCCAUCUUUCAGGUCGACCUCUGUACCUGGCCUGGGCAGCGAGAGAAGAGCUUCCAGCCGGAGCAGGACAGCGGGAAGGUGUUCAGAGGGCACAGGAACCAGGUGACCUGCUUGUCGGUGUCCACGGACGGCAGUGUGCUGCUCUCGGGCUCCCACGAUGAGACCGUGCGACUCUGGGACGUGCAGAGCCAGCAGUGCCUCAGGACCGUGACCCUCAAAGGCCCGGUGACCAAUGCCACCAUCAUGCUGGCGCCCGUCAGCAUGCUGAGCUCCGACUUCAGGCCCAGCCUGCCCCUCCCCCACUUCAACAAGCACCUGCUGGGUGCCGAGCAUGGGGAUGAGCUGCACCACGGGGGCCUCACGCUGCGCCUGGGCCUCCACCAGCAGGCUCCUUCUGUUUCAGGGGUCAGAGCCCAGCUAUCUGGAGCGGGCAGAGCAGCUGCACUCCGUGAUGUGCAGCACAAUGGAGAAGAAUGUCCUGGGCGGCCAGGACCAGCUGCGGAUCCGCGUGACGGAGCUGGAGGAUGAGGUGCGGAAUCUGCGCAAGAUCAACCGAGAUCUGUUUGACUUCUCCACGCACAUCAUCACACGGCCAGCCAAGUGAGCCCAGCCGCUGGCCUAGGACGGCGCCCGCGGGGUUGCAACCAGGCCAGCAGAUCCCAGGGCCAGAGCCCGUCUUCUACCAGUGUCUUACCUUGGACGUUCACUCUGACCAGAAGUCUCCGUCCCUUGUUGACCCACUGUCCUGUCCUGACCUGCCUUGUCAUGUUGGUGCUGUUCUUUUUCUAACAAAAGACCUGAAAUCCUCGCA